AUGGCCGCCGGGAGGGUCCCGAAACCGUUGCCCGAUCCCGGGACUAUACUCCGCGUCGCCGAGCACUUCCUCCGCCUCCAACAUUUCACUCAUUGUCGUGAAUAUGUUCAACAUGUUUCCGAAAUCGACCCCAAUUUUCCUGGUGUCUCCCAAAUCCGCACCGUUGUCGACGUUUUACUUGCCUCGAAGAAUCCACUCUCGACAGAAGUCCCCCAUGACUGGUACGCUGUCAUGCAACUCGAUCGAUUUUCACAUGAUUCUGAUCUCAUCGGACGACGAUUCAGUCAGCUGUACGGGCUUCUAGAUCCUAGCAACAAUAAGUUCCCCUUCGCCGAUAAAGCUUUCGACCUCGUCUGCGAUGCUUGGUAUGUCCUGUCAAACCCUGAAAAGAGACUAGAAUUUGAUGAUUCGCUUAAGAGACUGUUGAAUGAUGAAAAAUCCAAGGAUACUUCUGUUAUCGCGUUUUGGACUGUUUGCCCUUACUGCUAUCACGUGUAUGAGUUUCCUAGGGUUUAUUUGGAGCUUUUUUUGAUGUGUCCGAAUGAGAAAUGUUCGAAAGCGUUUACGUGUGUGGAGAUUGAUCGGCCUCCGGCCGAGGUUUUGACUCAGGGCAACUACAUCUGUGCCGGAUUUUCGCCGCUAGGGUUUCGAUACUGUAAUUGGAAUCCCUUCGCGCCUUUGAAGAAACAGGAAACGAAACCUAGUCCUGUAACUGGUAAUUUUGUACAAAUAUCCGAUGAUGAAGAAGAUGAAGCUACUAAAGAGAAAGAUGUUAAGGAUGAGGCCAUGAAGCCGCCUGUGAGAAGGAUAAAGAUGAUGGCCAAGAGAACCAAGAAGGUGACCGGCGUUGGGAACAGGGUGACAAAAGAGGGGUUUGUACAUCAAGAAACAAAUCCGUCUACCCAUUCUCCUGAUAACGAUGAUGAUGAUGACUGUGAACAUAAUUUCAGUUUAGGAAAUGUUGGGGAAGUGGAAUUUCAUGAUGGUGAUGAUGACAUUCUUGUGAGUCUGCAGAAUGGUAUCUGA